CGAUCGGCUGCGCGCUCACGCAGUCUACUACUCGCUUAAUUCAAAUUUAGAACUUUACCGUGUGUAGCUGCGUUAUAAAUCCAAAACGAACAAAGGGUGCUUCCUAGUUUAAAAUAGAAUUAAAAGGCCAACAUGUCGCUGUUGAGUCAGAGAGUUUGGUGGGUGGCGGUGGUCUUGCUGUUGUUAUGGACUCCUCACAUGCACUGCCGGAAUGUUACACACGAAGAUAUACGAGAUGCGAUGUUGUCGUUAGUUCACAUGUUCCGAAACUCUGAAACGAAACUAGAGCGUCAUGAGUAUCGGGAAAAGGCCCUGGGGGAACAGCUUAAGAAGAUGCUGGGCGGCCUAGAGAAAAGGCAUCGAGCUCUGGAGCCACUCAAAGGCAUGAUUUCAAGGCUAGACGAACGACUCUCAAACGUCGAAACUAUUCUUUUGCAGAAAGAGGAGCGCGAAAAGGCAACACAGAAAAAGACGAGCGAAGCACUCGAUGAAAUACAAAAAUCAUUGCAAGCUCUUACGACAACUAUUAAUAAGAAUUUGAAGGCGUCCGCGGAUCCGGAGAACAACCUCACCACAAACGAAGACACUCUCGGACUCAGGCUAGAGUCCACUAACGCCAAGAUAGAUGCUGUUAAGAAUGAGAUUGACGAUCUCAAGAAAAGUUUAAGCAAGGAAUCCCUGAAGUCUAUAUUUCUAGAGAUCGCUGUAAACUACAAUCCGCUAGAAAAACAUAUUUUGGAAACUGGGAAACUACUAGAUAAGUACGAGUUAAAGCUGAACGAGUACAACAAAGUACAGCCCGACUUCGUUUCACUCAACGAGGUCUCCCUCGCCGACGAAGCCUGGCACAACAAAAUGUCUGAAGUGAUGGAGCGACAAGAGAAGGAAAUAGUGAAAAUCAAGAAACUAUUGUCAGACGCAGAGGGCCUAUGGAAGGAGCUCCCCAGUCGUACGGACCUACAGAUCUCUACUAAUCAUACAUUAGAAGCCAUCGAAAGUGCCAAGGAAGAUCUCAAGGAAAACGACGAGAAGUUUGUCAAUAAAGUAACUACAAAGUUAAGAGAAUUGACUGAUCGUCUGGCGUCCACUAACGCGGAUAUUCAAAAUAGUCUCACUCAGGGCAAUACAAUGACGGAACGUGCUUACAACGACAUAUCGCGUAGUUACGAGUCCCUUCGUAAAGAGGUUCAAAUGAUCACCAAAAAUGAACACGUGCUUCUUCAAACCGCCGACAACGUGAUUGCAACUAAAAAACGUAUCGAAUAUGGAGUUCACCAGAUCCUAGCAGAGGUUGGAGAUUUAGUUAAAAACCAAGGAAAGAAUCUGAAUAAAACUGUCAGCGAGAGGUUCGACAGCGUUCAAACUACGCUUUUGGAGAACCAGUCGAAUGCUCGCAGCAAUAUAAGCGAUAAGAUCGAAGCAGAGAUGGCGCCAGUGUGGCGACAAAUUGGCAUCAUGUAUAAGCAACUUACUGCGAACAAAGAGUCCUUAGAUAAGUUAACUGAACAAACGGUGCGCUACGUAAACGACAGCUCCACUUCUAUGGAUCACAUCAGUGAUAAAGUGGGCAAGAUCACAGCACGAAUGGCGGAAGUGGAUGAGAAUUUGAAUUAUCUUCUCGGCCGACUGUCACUUGUGACACAAGAAUUCCUACAGAUCAAGACAGGGCUUGGAGAAGCUCUAGACCAAGCCAAAACUCAUUUGAGUACAGUGAAAGACGAACCAAAAGAUAAAGGCCCUGGACCUCACAAAAUAUCAAGUUAAGGAAAUACUCAUCAUUAA